AAAUAGUAGCGUCUUGCGCAUCAUCAAAUUGACCUGCAACUCCAAAGUCCAAAGGCUCCCUUAAUGGCCAAACACUUCUAUUCCCAAUCGUCAUGACCUUUUAUUUCCCAAUCAUAACCAGUCAACGUUGCCGCCAUGAUCAACACAUCAACCUCCACCACCACCACCACUACAACCACCGCAUCUCAGCCGUCGUCUAACUCCGCCGCCGCCCAAUCAACACUCGGUCUCAAAAACUUUUUUAAAACACCUGAAGGCCGUUAUAAACUUCUUCACGAUAAAACUCAUCCUUCUUCUCUUCUGCCUUAUGCUCUCGCCAAAUCCAUCACUCAGAUAACGUUAGCACAACUCAAGAACCAACCACCGCAUGCUGCUGGAAAUUCUCCUGCUUUGCAGCCUACCUCAAGCUAUAGUGUUGCUAGUAGUGGAGUGAGAUAUGUGACGUCGAAGUUUUUAGGAAGCAGUGGCAAUGGGAGUCGAAUGCUUGGAUUUGUGGGAGGAAAUGGCACAAGUAGUAAAGCGAAUGGUGGAGCUAGUAAGAGUAGCCAUAUGGGAGGGUUGAGCAAUGGUGGUAGUUCUACCAUUGGUUCAAAUACUUCUGAUGGUAAAGGGACGUAUUUGAUAUUCAACGUUGGAGAUACUAUAUAUAUUACAGAAUUGGGCUUAGAAGAAAAGGACCCAAUAAAAUCAGUUAGUUUUGGCAAUUCAAACCCUAUAUGUCAUGCAUUUGAUUCCAAAGCCAAAGAUGGGCAUGAUUUUUUGAUUGGGCUCAAUUCCGGAGAUGUAUACUCGGUAUCCUUGAGACUGCAGUUGCAAGAUGUUGGUAAAAAGCUAGUUGGUGCUCAUCAUUAUAACAAAGAUGGAGCUCUUAACAAUAGCCGAUGCACUAGCAUCGCAUGGGUACCUGAACGUGAUGGUGCUUUUGUUGCUGCCCAUGCUGAUGGAAACUUGUAUGUAUAUGAGAAGAGCAAGGAUGGUCCUGGUGAUUCCACAUUCCCUGUAAUCAAGGAUCAAACCCAAUUCUCUGUUGCACAUGCACGUUCUAGUAAGAGUAACCCCAUUGCUAGAUGGCAUAUCUGCCAAGGUCCUAUUAAUGCCAUUGCAUUUUCAGCUGAUGGAAGACAUUUGGCGACUGUUGGUAGAGAUGGUUAUUUACGGGUGUUUGAUUUCUCAAAUGAACAACUUAUAUGCGGUGGAAAAAGUUACUAUGGUGCACUUUUAUGUUGUGCCUGGAGUCCUGAUGGGAAAUACAUUUUGACUGGUGGGGAAGAUGAUCUAGUUCAGGUCUGGAGUAUGGAAGACAGGAAAGUGGUAGCAUGGGGAGAAGGUCACAACUCAUGGGUUAGCGGAGUUGCUUUUGAUUCAUAUUGGUCACCACCAACUUCAGAAGACGAAUCUGAAAAUACAGUAUAUAGAUUUGGCUCUGUUGGUCAGGAUACACAACUAUUGCUUUGGGACCUUGCAAUGGAUGAGCUUGUAGUGCCACUUCGUCGUCCACCUGGUGGUUCACCCACGUAUAGCAGGACCCAGUCUUCUCAUUGGGAUAGUGUUGUCCCCGUGGGCACCCUCCAACCAGCUCCUAGCACAAAGGAUGUCCCUAAGCUCGCACCAUUGGUGGCUCACCGUGUCCAUUCUGAACCUCUUUCUGGACUAAUUUUCACUCGGGAUUCCAUUCUCACAUCUAGCCGUGAUGGGCAUGUGAAGAUUUGGAUAAGACCCGAUAGCCAAGUGAGCAGUUCUGACACUAGCACACCCACAAAACCCGUUAGCUCUGGUUUCAAAUAAACUAUUGUAUUACCUAUAUGUUGAAAGGAGUGACCUAUUAUAGCGUUGAGUUUUAACUUGUUUUUUUCCCUUCAUUACUGGGUAACUUGUUUGCCCGAUUUUGUGGGUGGUUUUAAAUGUAGAAUAAUUGAUUUUUGGCCAUUGAAGACCAUUAUUACAUGUAUAAUGUAGUAGUAGUAGUUCGUUUUUGUUUUA